AUGAACAACUCUGAGCAAGUAACUUUUAGUACUACAGAUAUUAGAAGAAAAGAAGACCUUAUGAGAUACUCUCAAAAUGAAAAGGAUAUGAAAAAUUUUGAAUGUUAUGAACAAGCUAUUUUACUAGCUAUUUUAAAUCCAUUUUGUGGAUUCAAAUUACAAAAACCAUUUAAACAGUCAAUUACAAUUACAAGCAGACCAGAAGUAGUUUGUUUGUAUUUUGAUUAUGAAGAAAUAGAAAUUAGAAGACUUGCAGAACAACAAUGUGAAUUAUUUGCUCUUCAAUCAACUACUCAAAAUGUCUCUGAAAAAACUCGUAUGAGAAGAUUUUCUAAGAAUCGUUCAACAUUUACUUUAAAUUUUCUUUAUGAUAUUUGUCUUGAAUAUGGAUUUUUCUUCAAUUCAGUAUUAUCAAAAAAAUCAAAGAAAUGUUUUCAAGUUGAGAGAAUCCAUCAAAUCUUUUAUUACAACAAGUUAUGGUAUGGUUACGACGAAAUAGUUUUUCUUGGUCAGAAAUUAAACUCUUAUUUAUUUUCUCUUGUUCGAGACCAAAAAGAUAUUGUUGUUCCACGUGGAGAUCCCUAUAUUCAAAAACUAGCACUAACAAAUUUUUGUCUAUGCCCUACUCUCUCUAAGUGAUU